AUGGAGGCAGCUUUGGGAGAUUUGUCUGUUUUAGUGAGCAUGCUGGCUUGCUUGCCGCUUGAGGAGAGCUUGCAGAUUGCCGCACCUUUGGGACGUCUUUGGCACUUCGCUGCCCUUCAACCUGGGGCUUUGGUGGGGCUGCUGCGCCUCCGAGGUUUCUAUGAGGUCGCACCCAUGGGGCUGACGAAGUUGCUGGGCCGCGGAUGCCUAAGACAGGUGGAGAUGGUGGAGAUCGAGGAGCCCUGCUGCUGGUGUCCCGAGGUGCUCUCGAGCUUGCCUUCCCUGCGGCAGCUCAGGGUAUCGGGUGCUCGGAAAGGGAGGCCUGCAGUGGAUGUGGACUUGGCAGCAAGCAGCAUCCUCGCAGUCGCGUCUCAGCUAACGAUCCUAGAGUUUCGCUGCCAAGGCUUUGGCUCGUGGCCUUCUGUAUCGGUUUGGCCAAGAACACCAGCCUUAAGAAGACUGUCGGUCAGAGAGAUGCCACUCUCCAUUUGGGACUUGCCCAACCUCUUCGCCGCUCAUGACUUGGAGACAUUGGAACUGCAGGCCUGUCCGCUCACCGAAUCGCAGAUGGGCAUUGUGCAUUCUGGCGCGAAUGUGAAGCCUGAAGUGGUUAUUUUAGUCGGUUGUGGCGGGAAGAUGGCCUUGACAGUGCUGCUGUCCUUGGGCCUCACACGGCUUUGCUACCUACGUGUCGACAGCCCCACAGAUGCCAAGCUGAAGGAGGAGCUCACAAAGGCCUGCCGUCCGAACAUCGGCGGCAUUGACGAGGAGGUUGAUAUCUCCCCACUACUGCAAAACAGGCCGAACGAGAGCUCCGAGCUGAGCUACAGCGCGUGCGGCGCCAGAGUGGGGCCGAUUCUGUUGGGCCUUGGCGGCCCUUGGCACGGUGGCUGGAGGAGGCCGAGCGCAGUGUUCCCUGUGAUGGAGAAGUAUUGUACAAGUGCAGGUCGAAAUAGGUUGUGCUGA